CCACCACGUCUGUCAUUUGUAAAAUUGUGUAGUCUGACUUCCGCCCUCUUGGUUCGUUCCAUUUUGCCAGCGACCGUAGUCCGGUUAACAAGUUCAUGUACGCGCUUCGAUGAAAUUUAAAUUUAAACUAAGAAAAAAUGGCUAGCAUCCCUGAAAUGUCGCUUAUGUGCCGUCUGUGUCUGGCAAAAGACGAAAGUCAAGUUAAUAUUCCAAUUUUCGAAGAUCCCGGUGAUAUUAGGCAAAUAUUUGUUAAGAUUAGUUCCUGUCUACCAAUUAAGAUUUCUAGAGAUGACGAGCUACCGAAAAACAUCUGUGAUGGAUGCGGGGACAAGCUCGAACUGCUGUACGAAUUCGUGAAUACCUCAUUGGACUCGGAAAAGACUCUGACUGCCUGGCUGAAGCAGGUGGGCAUCAAAAACCGCGAGCAAGCCAUUAGCACAGUGACCCAGCAAAUCUCCAAACCUGAGACUUUGGUCAAAGAAGAAUCUGACAAUGCAGAAGCAGCAACAUCUUAUUUGGCAGAAGAAUCUUCAAUCAAUGAGGAAGCAGAAAUCAUUGAAGAAGAAGAAGAGGUUGAACCUCCUAAAAAACGCGCGCGUCGUACUGCUGCAGUUAAAGCCCAAAUCAGUAUUGCACCAGAAUCUGAUGAUGAAGAUGACAACUUUGAUAAUACCAUGGACCAGCCUGAUGAUAUUGAUGCCGACGUGAUUGCAAAACUUGAAGAAGAAAGCGAAGAAACUGACAAUGAUGAAAAGGACCCUUCAUACACUGAUUUGCCUGGAACCAGUGCCCAAGACCAACCUGGAACGUCUGGUCUUGGCAAGGAUGGAGCUGAAGCACCAAACGAUUUAAAAAGCGAAUCGCCGAGAAUCGAGUGUAGCACUUGCGGUCAGACGUUCGCCACCAAAACGCAAGUCGACAAUCACCUGCGCAGUUUACCAAUCCAAGUCGCACGCAAGUGCCUUGCGUGCGGCGACACCGGCAAAUAUUGCACUCACCCGAUAGCAAUGAAAACUGCCCGCUGCAAAUUCUGCGACACUAACAUAACAGAGCCUUAUUUAUUACACAGAUGUUUCCAUUUUAAUGCAAAAAUAAGUCAACCUCAAAAAGAAGUAGAUUCAAUAGAAGACAAAGAUAUUUGCAUUUACUGCAACAAAACUGUGCCAAUAAAGUCUCUUGGCAAGCACGAAUCCUGGCACAGAAAGCACGACAAAUCAGUAAUAAAAUUAUUAAACCAAAAACCGCCAAGGGUACCGGCAAACACGGAAGCGGCCCUUUGCUCGUACUGCGGCAAAAUCAAACCAAACAACCAAAUGCGCAGGCACGAAUACGUCCAACACAUACGAAAAUCCGUGCGGAAAGUUUGCGCCGUGAAAGUUCGACUGACUUUCCGUAAAUCCCGUAGUUUAGCUUGCCACGUCUGCUCACAAGAAUUCCUCACUGAAAAAAAACUCAAACGUCAUUUGGAUACAAUCGCCGUAGAUGUUUCUACAAGCUGCCUGAUUUGUAAAAACCUAAACUGUCAUCAUCCUGCAGGAUUCAAGACAACUUCCUGCAACGUAUGCCAUCAACCAAUAAGCGACUUCAAAAAUCAUUUGUGCUUUCACAGGACUAAAAUUAAAAAACUCUUCGAGGAAACAGACAUUUGUAUAUUUUGCUGCAAAGAAGUUAUUUUAAGUAAUCUUGAAGAGCACGAAAAUGCUCAUAGAGAGGAGGAAAAACGCAAGGCUAAACAGCAAAGAGAGGCAAUGGAAGGCCAAGCUUUAUGUACGACGUGCGGUGCUUCCGUGCCUUUCAAAGACCUAAAAAAGCACGAACGCACACAUCGGAGACUAGAACCGAUCAUGUGCACGAUUUGCGGUAUCACGGCCAAAAACAUUUACCAGCACAUGGCGACGCAUAGCGAAGAACGCCGAUUUUCGUGCCAAGAGUGCGGUUUGGCUUUUAAGUACAAGAAAAAUCUUGAUGUGCACAUGUUGGUGCACGAAUCAAUGGGCAAACACAAAUGUCCCACUUGUAGCAAAGCUUUUAAGACUCCGUCCAAACAAGAACAAUGUCAAGUUUGCCAUAAAACCUUCCAUUCAAAAUCCCUCAAAAAGCGGCACGAAAACAAUCUGGAAGCCUUCGUAUCGGCCUAUUGUAAACCCUGCAAUAGUUUCUUUGGAUUACACGAAUCCAGAUUCCAUCACUGCUCAGCAUUGUUUUGCAUGUCUUGCAACGAUUACUUGUCUGAUUUUCGUAAGCAUAGAUGUUUGCAUGGACAUCGACUGCAAAAGCUGGCAAAUAACCGUAGAAUGUUCUGCAAAUCUGAAUCUCAAAUCGUGCCUUGCAAAUCCAAAUCCAACCAGGAACAUUCUAACACCAAUUUGCAGUGUAUAUUUUGUGAAAUCAAAUUCAAACGUUUUGAUUUACUUAAAAAGCAUAUCAGAAUCAAGCAUUUGGAGCAGCUUAAAAUACCUCCAAUUCCUGCUGAAAACCCUUGCAGAUUUUGCCAGAUGUCAUUCAAAAACAAAAACUGGACCAUAAGUCACGAGCGAAAACAGCACGCUUCUGAGCUAAUACAAUGCGACAUUUGCUCAGAAAGCGUCAAAAUGGCCGAGGCAAAGUCGCACUACGUCUCGCACAGAUCGCACGAAAAAUACAAAAACGCCCCACAAAAAAUGUGCAACGUUUGCGGCGUAAAAAUUAAAAAUCUUGAAACACACAUGGUGCGGCACGACGAUAACAGAAAACAUCAGUGCGGCACGUGCCAGAAAAGCUUCAAAUUGGCUUGGGAUUUGAAGCGGCACAUGCUUGUGCACACAAACGAGACAAGGCACGUUUGCCAAAUUUGCGGCAAAGGCUUCAAAGUCGGCUACAAUUUGAGAGUGCACAUGCGCAGCCACCAAACAAUCAAACCUUUUGCUUGUUUGAUUUGCGACAAGACUUUCACCACCAAACAGUGGAGAGACAAUCAUUUAAGCUCACAUCGAUAA